UAGAAGUGUGGGCGAGCAAGCCCCAUGUAGCAUCACUGAUCAGUCCAGAAUUGCCAACUGUUUUUCGCUGAACCAAUCUCUUCAUUGCGCUGCUUCUCAAAAUAAAAAACCAAUUAUAUGCCAUGUUUAAAUCUAUAACGCGCUCACAAAGUCUUCAAAUGGCACAGCUGGUUCUGUCCUGGACAUCAAAACCUAGCGCCAACAUUGUGCGAAAAUCAUGGAUCUCGACUGUGGAGUCCGGCACAGCCUAUGAAAACCUCGUCGUCAGCACAUUCAACCAGCUCGGGGCCAGUCUCGAGCGCGUCGGCGGAGCAAGCGACCAAGGAAUUGAUUUCCGCGGUCUAUGGGUUCUUCCCGAGCAACCGUCCUUUUACGUUGUCGGACAGUGCAAGCAUUAUGAACGCAAGAAGAUCGGACCUUCGGUUAUUCGCGAGUGGGAGGGUGUGAUGUCGAGGCAAGAGGUGGAUACGUUGGGCGUGGUGGCUGCAUCGAGUGGGUUCACGAGGAGCGGUGUCAAUGCGGCUUUGAGCUCAGUAUUCCCAAUUGUCUUGGCCACUGUCGAUCCAAAGGGCAUCUCGGGUGCUGAUGAGGACGGCAGCAGAGGCGAUAUUCGUGGGUUCGUAUGGAACAAAGCAGCAAUGGGAUUUAUUGGGCAGAUGAUGGUCGCAAAGAAGCAUUAUGAUGUGCGGGUGGUCGACUUGGCGGACCCGGCAGAGUUUACGCUCCAGCUGCUCUGGGACGGUCGGCCUCUGCCCAUCUCGAAAUAAAACAUUUGUAG